GAGCCCAAACUUUUGAACUGUAGAUUUUUAAAUGAAUUAGGAGGUUUAAAUUCUACGCGGUGAUCAGCAGUGGUUAAAAAUACAAAAUCUUCCAAAUCUUUCCACACUGUGAGCCCUGUCAAUCAUUAGAGAAGAUAAGAGUCUGAGUUUUGUAAGAGAGAAAGGAACGAAUGCUCAGUGAAAUGGGGGAUGAGGGACAGAGACCAAAACAUUUUGUAACUUGAUUGCAUCAUGAUCACUCAGUCUGUCCCUUCAGUUAAACUCUACUGAACUCUCCUCUGUCAUAGUCUGUUUCUCUGUCUCUCUAGCUGGCUUUGAGGAACGCUUUGAGAUACUUUCCUCCAAAUCUGCAUGCGACUCUGGCUACAGAGUUUGCGCAGGAGCUCAGACAGUAUGGACACAUUUACAUGUACCGCUUCUGUCCUACACUACGUAUGAGAGCCUAUCCUAUUGAUCAGUACCCAUGCAGAACAAGACAAGCUGCUUCCAUCAUGCUUAUGAUAAUGAACAACCUGGAUCCUGCUGUAGCACAGUUCCCACAAGAGCUUGUCACAUAUGGAGGAAACGGACAGGUGUUCAGCAACUGGGCGCAGUUCUGGUUGGUAUUUCACUAUCUGAGCACCAUGACUGAAGAGCAGACCCUUGUGAUGUACAGUGGUCAUCCAUUGGGUCUUUUUCCCAGCCUCCCUUCUUCUCCACGCUGUGUAAUCACAAACGGCAUGGUCAUUCCAAACUAUUCUUCCAGAGAGGAAUAUGAGAAGAUGUUUGCUAUGGGCAUUACAAUGUGAGAUUUCACCAAUACCUAUUACCUAGUCUCUUUUAGAAAAUAUGCAUAUGUACACUACUAUUCUAGUUUACCAGUUUGAGGUUGGUGAGAUUUUUUUUUAACCCUUGUGCGCUCCUCAUUUGGGAGUCAC